CAUUCACCCUUAAGAAAGGACACCAGAAUAUAUUCCUGCUGAACUUCUUUUCUCCCAAAUCUUCUCUUUGUUAGCUACAUUCUCUUCCAUGAUGAGUUGGGUGAAGUGUUGUGUGUUCCCCCUGGUGCUGCUGUGCAUGUGGCAGCUGCAAGAAGGAGCACAGGCCUGCAGAUGUCCUUAUGACCAUCCUCAGACGCAGUUUUGCCAGUCAGAUGUUGCCAUCAAGGCAAAGGUGGUUUCAGAGGCGGCUGGUGAAUUUGAGUACGACGUCACGUAUGACAUCAAACUGACCAAGAUCUUGAAAGGUCCUAUUGGGCACUAUGAUACCAUCUGCACUGCAUCUUCCUCUGCAGCAUGUGGUGUGACUCUGAACAAAGGUGUAGAAUAUUUCAUCACAGGCCAACUGAAGUCUGACGGGUCACUGCGUGUUUCAUCCUGUAAUUACGUUGUACCCUGGAAGAGCAGUCACGAUACCCUGGUAGAACAUUUCAUGAUGGGCUGUGAUUGCAAGAUCACUCGCUGCUCCUCUGUGCCGUGCGGGAUUGGCAGCCCAACUGAGUGCUUGUGGACAAAUGCAGUUGACGAGCAGGAAAAACAAUCUGCUUGCAUCAAGAAAAGUGAUGGUUCUUGUUGCUGGUACAGCGAGGGACCUAAUGGACAUUAAACUCCCAAGCAGAAAAUGUCAUACAAAUAAAUCUAUUUAAAGAAA